AUGGACGUGCAGAUCGCUCCUCUCCGCAGCUGGGACGACUUCUUCCCCGGCUCCGACCACUUCGCUCGCCCGGAUUUCAAAGACAUUUCCAAAUGGAACAACCGCGUGGUGAGCAACUUGCUCUAUUACCAGACCAACUACCUGGUGGUGGCUGCCAUGUUGAUUUCUGUCGUGGGGUCCCUGAGUCCUUUCAACAUGAUCCUUGGAGGAAUCGUGGUGGUGUUGGUGUUCACAGGUUUUGUGUGGGCAGCCCACAAUAAAGACAUCCUCCGGCGCUUGAAGAAGGAGUACCCCACCACCUUCGUGCUGAUCGUCAUGGUGUCUAGCUACUUCCUCAUAUCCAUGUUUGGGGGAGUCAUGGUCUUUGUGUUUGGCAUCACCUUCCCUUUGCUGUUGAUGUUCAUCCACGCGUCUCUCAGGCUUCGGAACCUCAAGAACAAGCUUGAGAAUAAAAUGGAGGGGAUAGGGCUGAAGAAGACGCCGAUGGGCAUUGUCCUGGAUGCGCUGGAGCAGCAGGAAGAGAAUGUGAGCAGAUUCACUGACUUUAUCAGCAAAGUGAAGGAGUAA